AUGCUUUGCAAUGCUCGUUUCCUCGUGGCGCGCCCACCUCCGGCCUGCGGGGAGCGCCAUCAGUUCCAGGAGUGGGACGAUGAGCUCGAUCCAUCGGUCUACGCACAGCUCGUCAAAGCUUGCGGCAAUGCCAGGGAUCUCCAAGGCGGAAGGCGCAUUCACGAAGAGAUUCUCCACAAUGGCCGCUGCUCCACCGAUCGCUACCUCGCCAAUCUGCUCGUGGAGAUGUAUGGAAAGUGUGGCAGCGGCGAGAACGCUCGCAGGGUUUUCGAGAGCAUUCGCCAGCCCAACCAGUUCUCGUGGAAUCUGAUAGUGGCGGCCCUGGCCAGGAGUGGGAAUGUGAGAGACGCGAGGGCUAUGUUUGAUCGGAUGCCCGUCCGCGAUGCUGUUUCGUGGGGGACGAUGAUCACUGCCUACGCCGACAGUGGCGACGUCUUGGAAGCUAGAAAUCUCUUUGCCAAGAUGCCGGAUCCAAAUGCCUGGGCUUGGUCCGCAAUGAUCUCAGCAUAUGCCCGAAACGGGCAUCUGGUUGAAGCAAGAAAGUGUUUCGAUUCUAUGCCCGAGCCAGAAGCUGUAUCGUGGAACACAAUGAUCCAUGCCUACAAUCAGCACGGGGAAUUCAAUCAGGCUAGAAAGUUGUUUGAGAGAAUGGAAAUCAAGAACUCGGUUUCGUGGAACACGAUGAUCACUGCUUACGCCCAGAAUGGGUAUAUCUACGACGCAAGGAUCUUGUUUGAGAGGAUGCCUGGGAAGGAGGUCUCGUCCUGGAACGCGAUGCUUGCAGCGUACGCGCAGAUCUUUUACACGAACGAAGUGAAGGAUUUGUUCGAUCGAAUGCCGCACAGAAAUUUGAUCUCGUGGAACACUCUGAUCGGAGCGUAUGCUGAUAGAGGUGACUUUGAGGCUGCAAAGGUGGUGUUUGAAAGCGCGGCUGUGAGGGACGUUGUCUCGUGGACCGCGAUCCUCAAAGCUUUUGUUCACACGAGAGAGGUUGAGCAAGCAAAAGAGCUCUUUGAUCGAAUGCCCGAGAAGAACCUCGUUUCCUACACGACCAUGCUUGUGAUCUUUGCGAAGAAUAGCUGCCUGGAUCGAGCAAAGGGGCUGUUUGAUCGAAUGCCGCAGUACGAUUCUAUCUCCUGGGGGGCGAUGAUCGAGGCGUACUCUGAGAAUGGAUUUGUGGCAGUCGCGAGAGAGAUGCUCGAUCGAAUGCCUCACCAGGACGUUCUAGCUGUCAACAUCGUGAUUGCGGCUUAUGUGCACGCUGGGCAUAUGGAGGAGGCCAAGAGCUUGUUCGACCUUAUGAAAGAACGAGACUCUACCACUUUAAACGCUAUGGUUUAUGGAUAUGCCCAGCUCGGGCAUAUAGAUCUUUCACGGCAUCUUUUCGAUUCUCACCCGGACAAAGACACCACCUCCUGGAACACGAUGCUGGCGGCUUGCUGUAGGUGCUGGCUUUUCGAGGAGAUGGUGGAGAUCUUUUGGAGGAUUCCGGAAAGGAAUGUGGUGUCGUGGACGGUGGCGAUACAGUCCCACGUCUUGAGAAACCAGCUGAGGCUUGCAAAGGCGGUUUUUGAGAGGAUGCCCGAGCAGGACGUAGUGUCGUGGAAUGCUUUGCUCCAUGCCUUUGCUCGAGAGGAAAACCGGAACUUCUCCAUGAAUCUCUUUCGGGAGAUGGUCGUGGAGGGAUUCAAGCCGGACGAGACGACGCUGCUGGGAGUUUUGGUGUCGUGCAACCACGAUGGCCUCCUCGAGAGAACCAAGUCGAGCUUCUCGAGCUUUAGAUCCGACUUUGGCCUCGACUGCCCCAGGCAAGAGCUCUUCGACUGUCUGCUCGACAACUUUGGACGAUCCGGGCAGCUCCGCGAGGCCGAGGAUCUCCUCCGGUGGAUGCCGUUCUCUCCCAGCGUCGCAUCCAGCACCUCGUUCCUGCGCGCAUGCAAAGUUCACGGAGAUCCAGAGCGAGCAGCCAGAUUCUCGCAGCACUUGAGCGACUUGAAAGGAGGAAAAGCUCACGGUUCUUACGUCCUUCUCUCGGACAGCUUGAAAACCAUGACGACGUAG